AUGAAUAACAGUCCGUGGUCAACCCCUUCGCAGGGGCAGAGCAACGCAAGUCGCUCGACGUGCUCGAGUUCGAGCACUGGUGCACUCCUUUCUGAGGAUAGCUAUCUCGAUCACCGCGUCUUUCCCGAACUAGAACGUGGCCUGAUGGAUCUAGUGGAAAAAGCAGAGUUCGAUUCCCUAAUGCAGUACCUCAUCUUAUGCCCGCAUUCCGAAUUAUCAGCUGUUUGUUGCACAUCUACGUAGUUCUUCUUCGUUGAAGAAGAUGUUGUGCUAGCUAAAAUACAAUGAACAUUUAGAUUUUUUGUGCUAUCCAUGCGGAUGUUGAGCUAGCAUACAUCAUAUUCCAUCACAGAUAGAGUAUGUGCCCGUCUUAACAUCAGCAAUCUGUCAUUGUCGUCAACAAAUAGUUGCAGCGCUACUGUUCACAAUAUUUUCUAGAACUAGAACUGCAACAAUUUUCUUAUUCUUCGAUGACACACUUCUAAUGCAUCCAUUGAAGUCGCUGGUAGAUAGGCCACAUGAGUCGUUGACCGAAGACCAGGUGAAAUUUAAGGCUCGAGCCCUAGCAGAAUUGCGGUCUCUAUCAAAACACCGGCAGAGCUUGGCGCAUUUUGCGGCGGUGCGGAAGGCAGAUCCGAAAGUUGGAGGCGCCUACAAAGUCCUGAAGAUACUAGCUGACCUAGGGGUAAAAAGAACUUUCUUCUGGGCAUUAUUGUUCAUUGUCAUAUUCUGUGGAUUAGACCAGUCAUGCAGUUGAAGAUCAAGAAAGUGCCUUUCGUUUUAGGAACCUCAUCUUUCGUCUUAGGAACCUCAUGAAAAACUGAAACAGACAUAUUAAGAGAGAAGUAGUAGAAGAACAAGCACGGCGCGUUGCGAUUUCGAAGUUGCAACUAGACGUCGUGAGGGUGACAUUAUUAUGAACAGAGAUAGCCAAUCGGGUCGUCCUCUUCUUCGCAAUCACGGCCUCUAAUACUCAUUUACAACUAGUUGAAUUCAUUGCUUUAAGUGUAAUGGUACGUUAUAGAAAAACAAUUCUUGUUCAACGAGAACAAAAUGUUUUUAGUAGAAAGCAGCAGCUUCUUUUAGUUCUCGUUCGCUAAAUUUUAACGACAGGUCGAUGUGUGCAUGGUUGAUGCGUUUUCGCAGACGCCUCUUUUUUACGCUGCGAGGGAGGGCAAUGUUGAAGCUUGUGCCUAUUUGAUAGAAACGCACAAGCUCGACCCAAAUCAAAAAGAUCUCAAUGGCCAGAAUCCAUUGUAUUAUGCGGCAAAACUGGACGCAUCGCAGUUUGGGACUAAAAUAGAGGUAAGUACAUAAACAGUCGGAAGGCGUUUGAUACUUUUCGAUUUUUGACAAGUAAUGAUAGUGUAUCGAGAGCGAUCGCGAUUAUGAUUGCUUGAACGCAGCACUUGCAUUUCAAUAUUUCUUGUGAUGAAUUGAAAACAAAUUGGCAGUCUGCACUCCACUUUGUGCGACCUAAAUUUUAUUAGAUUGUAUAGGACUAGAGAUGAAGCAGUUUCCUCUACGUACUUGGUUUUUAUGCAACUAGUUGUGAUAGUAGAUUAUACGAAGGUCUUGCACAUCUACAACUACAUCUAGAUUUGUAUGCUGUUCCAACCACAUGAAUAGGUUCUGCAGAAACAGCAUCAGGAGAAGACGGGGAAAAGUAUUAGUAAGCAGCUUGCUUGGUUUCCGACGUUGAAGAGUACUGGCAAGUUAAAAACGGAGACGAAGAGAUCGACAGACUUCAACGAGCGGACCCACAAACAGAACCGCAUGUCUACAGUGAAGCUGCUUGUGGACGCGGGUGCAGACCCGAACAUGAUAGACGUGAAUAACCGCCAACCACUGGACUACGCUAUUGAUACGGACGUGGUGCGCUACAUGAAAGGUCAGAUGGCAGCGGCACCCGAUCCGAUAAUCAACAGAAGACACUUUCGAGUGCCGGCUGAUAUUCGAGCCCUUAUGGAAGAGCAGGAUCGAAAAAGCCCCAUUCUGUACUCUAGAUCAAAAAUUCAAUACCUCUGUGAUCAGAAUAUUGAUUAUGAUUUUAAAAACAAGCCGUUACUAAUAAUGAAUGUUGUUUUUGAGAGGACAACGGGUUGCCUCACAAAGUAGAUCAUGAUCAGGUGAAUCAGAAUCAUCCUUGCAUUAUUCUCUUCCUCCCAUUUAUCAAAAUAGGUUUAUGUCCGAGCCCGCAUCGCAUUACGAGGGUCAGUACAUGGUACAUUACUCGGCGUUAGGUGAUGCAGACACCUUGGCUGCUCUGGAGACCGAAUUCAUCCACGAUCAUGAGCGCAUGAUCCACAAUGCAGAGGACGAGACACCACCAUGGCCUACUGUAUGCGCAUCGGUGGGCCUGAAUCAAGACCUUAACCAGCGACAGACAAUAAUCCGCAAUAUCGCGGGAAGAAAAGACAAAAACGCGUGCACGCUCAAAGUUAGCUACUUUGAUGUAAGCCCAAAACGGCCGCCAGACGAACCGACUCACAUCGAGGGGCUGUCCGCGUCUAGUACUAAACCUAAGAUUCUUGAUUAUUUAGUUACGGCGGGAACGAAGAAUAUCUAGCUUGCAUUUACUUAGUUGGUUAGUUCCCUUUAUCAACAUAGCUGUAGAUGACAGUGAAAAAGAGGCAAACAAAACCAAGAGCAAUCGUGGUUACAUUAAAAAAUACCUAAACAACCACAACCCCUAUGUAUUUAUUACACUCUUAAUCUUAUUACACUCUACAGAACCCUCAUUCUACGGGUCUCCUGGGGGAUAUCAUCUUUGCGGAAGAAAUCGUGUAAAGCAGCAAAAUCUCGACUCAGUCCUUUACCCCUGUAUCAAGUGGAUGAGGUUCGAGACGGUUGGGUACCUUUACCAAAAAUCGAAGCUAGGAAAAGUCACAGCGGCAAAAAGUAGCUCCGUCCUGGAGAAGCAAGAAAAAACGGUCUACUUCGACGACAAAGAAAAUUGCCCAACUGUUGAGGUAAGAACACAGUCUAUUUUUUUUUUGUUGGCAUAGUAAGAAAGUAAUCGAUAAAAAUUAUCAACUGUCUGAUAAAAGUAAUGUUCAUGUUGAUGUUGAAUGAACGUACUAUAGCAUGAGUAGCAGCUAAAAAGGACUCAAUAGGGAUGAAGAAGAACUGUCAGAACUUUGUUUUUAACAUUUCAUGCUUGGCCGGUUCUUGACUACAGCUGAUGAACAAAAUACUUUUCAUCUCUUCUACGACCAAUAAUUUGCAGAUAUCGCAUUUAAAAGUGUCGAAAGACCACAAGCGGAGACAAGUAGCUGUGAUGCUUUGUUGUGGUCUCGUGCAGCACUUGGUGAAUAAUGCUUUAGUUCCUUGUAUCGCGGAUAUGCGUUUGAGCGUUUUCGCGAUGAACCUUUUUGCGGUAAGGUUGUAUGAGAAGUUGCAGUUUGAACAGGACGGGGACGAGUGGGCCAGCGACCUCGUUUCCUGGCCAAGAAAAGUAUCGUCCUCUGCAGACGAAGGCUCGUCUGCCGCCCAGCUAGCUUUAAAGAAAAGCAAGGAUAAAGACAAAGAAAUGGAGGAGGACGACACGAGAGUAGUAACAUGGAGAAGGUAUAGGAGGUUGGAUCCGGGCACUGACCCACAAGAACUCCUGCAACGUUUCACAUCCCUCAUCCGAUAUGCCGACGAACUCUCAUCGCCGAAGCCAGCUUCAAAGUACUAACUUCUUUUUGCUCAUGCUUAUUCUUCUGCAUUGAUUUUGCUUCUGAGAUGUUUCCUCACGGUCUUCAUAAUCAUACUGCUGCUUGCAUCUUCUACUUCACGUUGAGGUUUACAUAGAACUGCAGGUGUCGUCCGUGUUAUAAUGAUCAACUUGUUUUACUACUUCUUUAUUGACAGACUUACCCGACCUUGUACCUCCCUCCUCGCUGGCGAGAGGAAAAAUAUUUUCUUCUACUUCAACAACAUUUCCACUUUCUACAAAAGGCGACGCGCUGGAAGUGAAGACUUAGAAGAGAAGAAGAAUUCAAAGAGGCGGCGCCCGGCGAGCAAAAAGUAGCUUCUCUAAAGCUCCAAAGUCUCUGACUGAGAUAAGUACCCAUUCAACAGUAUCUUCGCGCGAAAUUUAAGGCUACGUCAUAUUAAACCAAUGGUCCAUUUGAUCUAUUUUAUAUAUAUUGUACGAAAUAAUAGAAAAUACAAAUUAUUCUUAUACUGAAUGUAGUUGAAAAAUCUUCUAGAAGAUUCCUCUAACACUCUUAUGAAGAUUUCUCUAGUCCUACGCUUCAUCUGUCACUGUCUUCACUGACACACCCGCCAAAUGGCUAGGUAUAUCAUGAUACCCUAUCUUUCUUCAUGCCAUCGUCGAAAAGUGCACUUUUACUUCAACUGCUUCUACAACGUACCCUAAUCUUUUCGAAAUGAAAUGCAUUUUCUUCCACUACUACACGAUGUCUUCAGAGUUGUUAUAAGUGAUUUAUUCUCGAUGGUUACAACUUCUCUUCCCCGUUCUUCUUGAUGUCUUUCCAUGUUCGGCUACGGUUUUACCCGUACGCCCGCUUAAGAAUAGGUACACCCUGCGAGCACGCUGCUUCUUCAGAGGACUCCAUCUUCUAGUUAAGUAUAUUCUUCACGCUCGUUGUUUCGGAGCGGUUGCAUCCUUCUUAAAUAGUUUUUGUAUGUCUUCUUUUUUUUGGGUAUUCUUCAUUGUCGAUGAUAGACCACGAACCGGGAGAAGGUGGGUGAUGAUGGUGAUGCGCCUUUGCAUUUCACUGUCUAGUACGAGUUUUUUCUUCCUGGGUUGCGCAUCCAGGUCCAGCAAAAUGACUCUAAAAGUCUCAUCAGACAGAACAGGUGGAUGAACUACUCUGUCUGCUACCCUAGUAU